AUGUCUCCUGAGUCCAGGGAAGAUUAUAGGGCAGGACAUGUCACCACGGUGGCACGAAGAAUAGAUAGAAAAUUAUAUUUUCUUAAAACUACCCUAAGUACCCCAGCAGAAAUAAUCGGUUAUGUCCGAAUUGCAAGAGCAAGGAAUGCGGGUUCUCUGAAUCCUGCGAGAAGGGCGGCUCGUGUUGACCUUGUGUCACCGAGACCUGUGAGGGCGUGUCACCAAUGGUGA